AAAACUAAUUUAUUAUCUGUCACCACAGUACACCACAGAAACAGAAGAAACAGUGAAAGCCUCUCGAAAUAUGGAGCGACUAAACCUUUUCUCUUUGGAUCCUGAUAUAGCAUCAUUGAAUCCUCAGAAAAAGGAGUUUCCAGGGACAAACUCGGUGAUGAAGCCAUUUGAGGAAAAGCCUGCAAAGAGGAUCCUGAUAACUUGCAAAUCUCUCAAUUUGAAUCUCCAGGCCUGUGUUACUGAAAAUGAAAACGAUCCUUCAACCAAUGUAGAGCCUUUCUUUGUGAGCGUGGCACUGUAUGAUGUCAGGGAUGGGAGGAAGAUCUCUGCUGAUUUUCAUGUGGAUUUGAACCACACACUCGUGAGACAGAUGAUUUCUGGUUCUUUGCUCUCAUUAGAAAAUGGCACUGUUGAAAAUAUUGACUCAAAUGAAAUCGAAGAACCACAGGUCAAGGGGUUCCCAGAAGAAUGGCUGAAAUACCCAAAACAGGCUCUUUUUUCCAUAAGUAAUCCUCAUUCUGAGAUCGUAUUAGUGGCAAAAAUAGAAAAGGUGCUUACAGGAAAUAUUGCCAGCAGUGCUGAACCUUACAUUAAGAAUCCUGAUUCUUUUAAGUGUGCACAGAAAGUGUUAAAAUCCAAUAAACAGUUCUGUAACAAGCUGGGGAAGUACCGUAUGCCAUUUGCAUGGUCAGUGAGACCAGUGUUCAAAGAUAAUCAGGGAAAUGUUGACAGAGACUCCCGAUUUUCACCUUUAUUCAGGCAAGAAAGUAAUAAGAUUUCCAUGGAAGACUUGAUUAAAUUAAUAGCAGAAUACAGAAGAGCAGAGAAGAUUAGCAAAAUACAGACCAUACCUGGCUGUUUGGAGAUUGCAGUGGAUUGUGUUCCUUUGGAACAUCCAAACUGUGUAACUUCAUCUUUUAUUCCAAUCAAGCCAUUUAAUGACAUAAAGGAGCAUCAACCUACAGUGGAAGUUGAAGAGUUUGUACAGGAAUCCACAAAAUAUUCUCGACCUUACAGAGUAUACAAGAACCAAAUAUACAUAUAUCCAAAACACCUCAAGUAUGAUAGCCAAAAAUACUUCAACAAGGCACGGAAUCUAACCGUGUGCAUUGAAUUUAAAAGCUCUGAUGAAGAAGGAGCAAAGCCACUGAAGUGUAUUUAUGGGAAGCCGGGUGGACCAUUAUUUACGACGACAGCCUACACCGCUGUGCUCCAUCAUUCCCAGAAUCCUGAUUUCUAUGAUGAGGUGAAAAUUGAACUUCCCACUCAACUCCAUAAGAAACACCACAUUCUGUUUUCAUUUUAUCAUGUCACCUGUGACAUAAAUGCAAAAGCUAAUGCCAAAAAGAAAGAGGCUCUGGAAACACCAGUGGGAUACGCGUGGCUUCCUUUGUUGAAAGAUGCCCAGUUAGCUUCCCAAGAACACAACGUGCCAGUGGCAAGCAGUCUGCCUCCCAAUUAUUUGAGCCUUCAGGAACCAACUAGUGGAAAGCAGAUCGGCUGUGAUGUAAAAUGGGUAGACAGUGGGAAACCACUUUUCAAAGUCUCUACUUUUGUUGUAUCGACAGUAAAUACUCAGGACCCAUACCUGAAUAACUUUUUCCAUCAGUGCCAAGAAAGGGAAAAGGAUUUAUCCCAGCCUCCUACCUCAAACUUUAUCAAUUCUUGUAAGAAUUUGCUGAGGAUCGAGAAGAUUCAUGUAAUUAUGAAUUUUCUUCCCAUAGUCCUGAAUCAACUAUUCUGGGUUUUGGUGCAAAACAGCGAUGAUGAAGUUACAACAGCUGUGACCAGGGUUCUCACUAACGUUGUUGCUAAGUGCCAUGAAGAACAACUAGACAACUGCAUCAAUUCUUAUGUGACGUAUGUGUUCAGGACCAAAUCCUUUGAAGAAAGGACUGUUCAUGAGGAACUGGCCAAGAAUAUGACUGGUCUCCUGAAGCUGAAUGAUCAAGUAACAGUGAAACAGGUUUUAAAGCAUUCCUGGUUCUUCUUUGCAGUUAUCUUAAAAUCAAUGGCACAGCACUUGGUUGACACAAACAAAACAAAAGUUUCUCGAACUCAGAGGUUUCCAGAGUCAUUUCAAGCUGAGCUGGAUACACUUGUGAUGGUCUUAGCAGACCAUGUUGUUUGGAAGUAUAAAGAUGCUCUUGAAGAAACCAGGAAUGCAAACUACAGCACUGCCAAAUUUCUCAAG